CGGCCCAAAAUCUGCAAACAAUGGCCAUACCAAAGAUCUCUUUGGCCAUUCUCCUCUGCCUCAUGGCAAUGUCCAAAACCGCAAUCUCGCAGAACUGCGGCUGCGCUCCGAACCUGUGCUGCAGCAGGUUCGGGUACUGUGGCACGGGCGAUCCCUACUGCGGGGACGGCUGCCAGCAGGGACCGUGUACGUCGACCGGAGGUGGUGGCGGUUCGCUGUCGAGCAUCCUGACUCAGUCGUUCUUUGACUACAUCAUCAACCAGGCGGACAACAGCUGCGUCGGAAAACGUUUCUACACUCGCAACUCUUUCCUCAGCGCCGCCAACACCUUCCCUGAUUUCACAAGGACCGUCAACCGGCGAGAAGUCGCAGCUAUGUUCGCUCAUUUCACUCACGAGACUGGACAUUUCUGCUAUAUAGAGGAAAUAAACGGAGCGUCUCGUGACUACUGCGACGAGAACAACAGAGAAUUCCCCUGCGCACCGGGCAAGGGCUACUUCGGUCGUGGUCCGAUCCAGCUAUCCUGGAACUACAACUACGGGGCCUGUGGAAGAGACUUGGGUCUGAACCUCUUGGCUCAGCCGGAGAGAGUGGCUCAGGACCCCACCAUCGCCUUCAGGACGGCUCUGUGGUUCUGGAUGAGGAGUGUCCGGCCCGUGCUGAACCAAGGGUUCGGCGCCACGAUCCGAGCCAUCAAUGGCGCUAUUGAGUGCAAUGGAGGGAACCCUGGUGCGGUCCAAGCUAGGGUUAGGUACUACAGGGACUACUGUGGAAGGCUAGGUGUCGACCCUGGUCCUAAUCUCACCUGCUGAAGAUACACACACACACACACGAGAGAUACACGUUUUAUAUACGUUAACAUGUGAAAUAAUAAAUAAAGUUAUAAAGGAGUGUGGUCAAUGAUACAAAAAAGAGAUUAUAAUAAUGUAU